AUGAUUCAAAAAUAUUCUCCACAAAGUUGCGUUCAUGUGAUGCAUGCUUCAUAUUCAAACGAGUGCAACGACGUAAUGUUAAGCAUCUUCGUACUUUGUUCGCAUCUGUGCGGGUGGCAUAGCAUUCCAUCAUCUGGGGCUUUGAUCGAGUUUGUUCCUGGCAGAUCAUACGAAUAUCUUUACCAGACACAAGUGAAGCUGGAUGACAAGAGUAGGCACCAGCAAACUAAUAAAUAUAAGGCCUCAGGGUACAAGGCAUACACCAAAUUCAAAGUUGCAUCCAUCUGGAGCAGCGAAAAUUUGCAUGAGCACAUCAUCAAACUUUCCGCCUCAGAUAAGCCACACGGUAAUCUUCCCCCACAAGACAAACACUUUGAAUCAAUUCUGAAGUCUCCGAGCUAUUUUCAUUGGAACAAUGGACUAGUGCAGUACAUAUACACACAUGUUACGCCAUCAGGGGAGUUGAACAUGCUGAAGUCACUCAUCGACACGUUCCAACUGCACAGUGUUCUUGAAACUCAGAAGUUCAUCCAAUUCGCGGACAUCAGAGGUCAGUGCAACGUGACACUUUCUAUGGAUGACAACAACGAACUCACAGCUAACAAAACCUGCAUCAACAGAAGCUACUUGCAACGAUCGACCAGCUACUACCUGUUGGGAUUGUUAUGUCUUGCGUGCCCUUUGCAGCAUUUUUUAACAAAGGAAAGGUGGCCUAGUUCAAAUGCAGUGUUCUAA